UACGAAACAAGCCUAACUGAACAACGUGUGAUGUUCCAGAACGCUUUUCUGUGACGUUGUGCGUAGAUACAGCAUGUUUGUUCUCUUUGUUUCACUCCUUUCUCCUUCUAACGACAUUUUCCAAGCCUCCUUUCGCGUCAGUGGCAUUUUUUGCAGCCGUACUGGAGUAUCAGAGGAGACUGGUUUACGAGCGACCUCUUGAGAUUUUAUUGUUAAGUGCAGCUUUUCGUACCUGCCUAUUACAACUUCAUCUGUGACAAUCUUUUCCGACCAAAUGUCCUGUGCAAGCGCUCCUGUUGCUCAAAAGAGGAAGAAAGGAGCUUUCUCAGUUGCUCCGCGAGUGGACGGCGGUACGCUAUCGUUGCUCAAAGGCAAAGGCGUAAAUCUCUCCCCAGAAAAGACCUUGGGAGGCGCAUGUUAUAGUCUGGCGUGUAGGUUAAUCGGUAAGGAGUGGGUGGACCAAAGGCAGCUCGACAGAGAAGUAAGCGAUAUCACAAAAGGCCAGGCUUGGUUGGACACCUACAUCGGAGCACAGUUCAGACCCGUUCAACUCGCCCCUCGUGUUGUCGGGUACUUCCCGAAACACCAAGUCGCCCAUCCACGGCCAAAAACGCAACAAGACUACCUGCACUUCUCCUCUCCAACACAAGAGGACGCUUCUGUACUGCGCAACAACAACGAUACUUGUCGUUGUUGCAGCGAACCGUGCACAACUCUACAGGAAGAUGAUUUGAAUGCGUGGGAUGACAUGCAUUUAAAGUUGCUGUUUGGGGAAGAAGAAGAAGAUGGUGAGGGUCUGGUUACAUCUGGGUCCGGGAAACAUGAUUCUCUCACGGAUGUUGAGUCCGCUGAUAAGACACCAGUACCAGACAACAUAACACCCGUACCUGACGGGGCUGGAGCGCUGCACAGGACCUCACCUUGGUGCUGAACGCACAAUCAACUUGUCCGUACUCAAUGUGCUCUUUUUGAUAGUCAGUACAGAGAGAGGGAAACAUGAAUAUCUUCAAUCAGAAAUGUUUAUUGAUAUAUUUAUUCUUAUAUCAAACCGCUGCACUGCCCCUCUCCUUCGUGCUGAUCGCACAAUCCGUAACUCAAUGUGCUCUUUUUGGUCGACGGUACAGAGAGGGGGAAAGAUAGAUACAUUGUCUCUUCAAUCAGAAAUAUUUCCUAAUACAUGUAUAUCUAUUCUUGUUAUAUUUCUUCAUACAUUUAUUCGUAAUAUAUUUAUUCUUUACACCGAUAUUUGGUACAUUUUACUGUGCUGCUUACUAAUUUGAAUUAUAGCUGUCAAUGACGAAUGGGCCAUCCAGCCGAGGUGUUACGUUGAUAAAGGUGAUUGAUUUUUAGUCACCUUUCGGCUGAUUGAUGUACAUUUUCAUGUAUUUGUUUAUUAUCUGUUUAUCAAGAUUCACCACUCGAGUGGGUGGGGCGGGGGAACAGGUGGUGGUAUCUUUGCUAGCCCUCGCCCCGACAUAAAAAUACAAUAGAUACAGAUCUAUAUUACUUAUGAUGACCACAUAAUCAAUCUUUUUUCCUAAGGCUAAGGAUACAGAUUAAGGUAUACCAGUGAAAGACGUCAUAACCAUUUUUCCUCCAGCUAAGGAAAAAUGCUGUAUUUCCGGGUACCCGACCGAUUCUAGCAAAAACCUUCCGACCCUGGCCUUUUUUUUUGGUUGUUGACCGCUGGCAAGACAUAAGAUUUUCGAUCUGAGUGAUAAAAUUCAAUACAGACUUCGUGUACUUUACACUCAGAUAAAUUCUUCUAACAAUUGAAUGAAAAAUGUGUAGUGAACAUUGUACAGACUAUGUUUAUUCAAUGUUUACGUUUAUCUGCAUGAUAAUUACAAUACGGUGUUGAAAAUAUCAGUGUCCUGAUGAAUUUCAUUUUACAUAUUUUGUUGAACUGUAUAUCUGGUGUGUCAAAUCGGUCGAAAUCUUUUUUUAGACUGAAAAAAGAAUAAUUAAAAUCUCUACCUACCGACCUUACUUUUUUCAGGACUGAAACCAAAAAUGCAGCAUUUUGCUAGGCCUAAUGAACAAAACCAUACAGAAUAUGCCUAUUAAUGAUUACAAGACAUUAUAGUAGUAAGAAAGGACAGAUCCUGAGUGUACGGCUCACUUUUAUUGAACAGAAAGUAAUUGUAGCCCACUUCAGUAGUUUUCUUAGCCCUUAUAACUUAGGUACUUACAAAUAUCGACAUUAGAAUGGCAGUGCAUUAAAAUUUGAAUGGUAAUAACCAACCUUGCAUUGUU